CGAGGCUUCUACGUGUCCUUUAAUCUCAAGAUGGCGGACGAACAUUGAUUACAAACACUAGAAUAUUCAUUGAGUUUCCAUGGACAAUCCUCUUCAUGUCUUCAAUUACAGACAUCUAUCACUCACCUAAACCCUCAUGUGGGCUUCGUCUCUAGUCAGUCUUUUCAUGUUUAGUGUUGUCGGAGCUCCUUCGAAGAAUGACUCAACGCAAAGCCCUGUGACAGUCAGAAAAAGAACAGCAAAAAAGAAGAAGAAAUACACUUUAGACCAAAACAAAAUGGUGCCUAAAGCCACGGUGGUGAUAGAUUCUGGAGAUGACUUCGACACAAAAACCGAGAAUCAAGAAAUAGAAAUUUUUAACUCAGACGAGGAACCUUUUGGUCGAAUUUUAUUACGGUCUCACAAAGAGCCUGAAGUGAGCAUAGUGAAUGGAGAAUGUUUGCAUGAGGAUGAACCCGAUUUAGAACCGUUAUUACCAGAGCAAAGCCAUCGAGAAGGGAGCGUUGUCUUAAGAGACGAUAGUGAUAAAGGGCUGGGAGAAGAAGAAGGAUCGUUUUCUAUAGCUCUACAAGUUUUCUUUCCUUUUCUUAUCGCGGGGUUUGGUACUGUUGCUGCUGGAUUACUUCUUGAUGUUGUUCAGCACUGGAAAGUUUAUCAAGAAAUUUCUGAAAUAUUUAUUCUGGUUCCUGCUUUGCUGGGACUGAAAGGGAAUUUAGAAAUGACACUUGCAUCAAGACUAUCAACAGCUGCUAAUAUUGGACAUAUGGACAGUAAGAAAGAACAGUGGAAAUUAAUAGGGGGAAACCUCACCCUGUUACAGGUACAAGCAACUGUUGUUGGUGCCUUAGCAUCUGUAGCUGCAGUACUCAUGGGAUGGAUUCUGGAUGGUCAUUUUGACAUUAACCAUGCUUUCUUACUGUGUGCUAGUGGUCUUGUGACAGCAACUUCAGCAAGUUUUGUACUUGGAUCAGUCAUGGUUGCCGUAGUUAUGUGUUCAAUCAAGUGCAAUAUAAACCCUGAUAAUGUAGCCACACCUAUAGCGGCAAGUCUUGGAGACCUAACAACUCUUGCUCUUCUAUCGGGAAUUAGUAGAUUUUUAUAUAAUAAAAUAGGAACAGAACACCACUGGAUAGCACCUGUUAUCUGUGCUGCCUUCUUCAUAAUCCUUCCCAUAUGGUUCUAUAUUUGCCAUAAAAACCACUUUACUCAUGGUGUCCUGUAUUCUGGCUGGAAUCCUGUGUUAAGUGCCAUGGUGAUCAGCAGUUCUGGUGGUCUGGUACUUGACUAUGCUGUAUCAAGCUAUCACGGCAUUGCCGUCUUCAGUCCUGUUGUUAAUGGGGUUGGAGGUAACUUGGUGGCUGUACAGGCCAGUAGGCUGUCAACAUUUCUUCACCAAAGAGGCCAUCCAGGAAAGAUGCCAAAGGGAGUCAAAUUUAAAGGUUGCAUUGACACAUUUUUUGGACCAGGCAUACAUUCCAGGACAACCCGUGUUCUUCUCUUCCUGGUCAUACCUGGUCAUCUCAUAUUUUUAUACACUAUCAAGAUGAUGCAGGGUGGACACACUUCUUUUACUGCAAUCUUUACAUGUGUAUAUCUAUUAGUAGGAGUACUACAGGUGUCAAUUCUCCUCCUGUCAGCCAAUUGGAUGAUCCACUGGAUCUGGAGACGUGGCAAGGAUCCAGACAACUACUCCAUACCCUAUUUAACCGCCAUAGGAGAUUUAUUAGGAACAGCCCUUCUCGCCGUAGCUUUUCACUUACUGUGGUUGGUUGGAGAUAGAGACAGCGAUGUUGGGGAUUAAUGAUAAAAUACCUAUUGAUAUUUAUAUUCUAAUGCAUGCAUCCAAAUUAUUUUUUGUCUUUAAACGAAUCCAAGUAUAAUACAAAAAGAAUAUUUCUUUAUCAUGAAACAUUAGCAUUUUCUUAGAUUGGUAAACAGGAUUCCAGUCUAGCUUGGAUACAAAUAACACCAUAUACAUAUUCCCAAAUCAUUUAUCCAUUUAUUGCUUGAUAUCAAUAAUAUUUUCCAAUCUUCUGGGGUAUUUUUAAAUUCUAUGCGAAGAACGAGUUAAGGAUUACGAAAUAUAAUAUAAAUGUUUUUAUCACUUAAA